AUGGAGCCGUGGAAUACAUUUUGGAGAAUCAUUUUCCUGGCUACUAGUUUUUACUUCAUCGAGUCACAGAAGCUGGUUUGCAGGGAGGCUUCUGUGGGAGAUGUCGUGUUUCUGGUGGACAGCAACAUAAGCCCCAAACAUGUCCGCAGCAUGCGGAGCUUCCUGUACACACUGGUGAACAGCUUCAAAGUUGGCAGAGAGACCAUCCGUGUGGGUCUGGCCCAGUACAGCAGCUCCCCCAGCUCUGUUUUCCUGCUGUCCACCUACCACCACAAAAACAAGGUGCUGAGACACCUCCAGAAACUGCCGUUCAAGCCUGGGGACAGGAGAACGGGCCUGGCCCUGCACUUCCUGCUAGAUCACCACUUCAGGGUGGAAGCAGGCAGCUGAGCCAGCCAGUCAAAGGGUACCUCAGUCGCCAUGGUGAUCAGCAGCGGCCCAGCCAAGGACAGUGUCCAUGAACCUGCAGAGGACCUGAGGAGGGAAGGCAUCCUGCUUUAUGCUGUUGGCAUCAAACCUGUGCCUUGGGCAGAGCUCAGGGAGAUGGCCAGCAUCCCUGAGGACAAAUUCACCACCUUGGCCUCCAACUUCUCUGGUCUGAGCAGACUUGUCCAGAGGCUUCGUCAGGGGCUCUGUGAGAGGCUGGCAAAAGCAGCCCUGCCUGUCGACCACGUUGCUCCAGUUUGCACAGGAGCAGCCCUGACAGAUGUUGUGUUUCUAGCAGACACCUCCAUCAAUCAGACUCAAACGAGCUUGCUUCGCUCUGUUGACUUGGGACUUGACAUCAGCUGUGACUAAGUCCAGGUGGGACUCAUCCAGUAUAAUGACAUCUCUCCAGAUGCCCCACUGAACGAGCACCCACUGGAAAGCCUGGCCUUGGGCAGACCCAGAACCUGGCCUCCCCACAGGAGGCAUGAGCACGGGACCGCCCUGGAGUUCGUCAGGAGUCAGCUAGAAUCUGGGCCGGGACGGGGCCCUCAGAUAGUUAUCCUGGUGACAGAUGGCAAGUCAAGUGAUGAAGUCCAGGAAGCUGCUGACAAAUUGAUAGAAGAUGGAGUCAUUGUGUACGUGGCACAUGGGAUUAGCGUGCAGGAUGUCCAAGACUUUCCAAUAAAAAUAGGUCUGAGUGAGCCGUUUCCCUUCAACACUGAGAACAUCAGCACCCUGCAGGAACCCUUGGGAAGCAGCCUGCAGACUGCUCACACAUGUGUGGAGAGACAGUAAAAAUAAUCCAGCAAGCCCUCUGCAGACGUGGUCUUUCUCACCGACACCUCUCAGGACACGUCGCCCGCCAGCUUCCAGUGGAUGAAGAAGUUCAUCUCCAGAGUGGUCGGCAUGCUGGAGGUUGGCAAGGACAGGUACCAGAUCGGCCUGGCUCAGUACGGCGACCAAGGACACACCGAGUUUUUGCUCAAUACCCACCAGACGCAGAGCGAGGUGCUUGCGCACAUCCGGGAGCGGUUCAGGCCCCGGGGUGGCACCAGGAGGACAGGCCAGGCCCUGCGGUACCUUCGUCAGGUCUUCUUCCAGGAGGCAGCUGGGAGCCGCUUCCUCCAGGGCGUCCCCCAGUACGCGGUGGUCAUGACCUCGGGCAGGUCUGCGGACGCCUUCCAGGAGGCUGCGCAAGCGCUGAGGGAGAAAGGUGUGAAAGUCAUGUCUGUGGGCAUGCAGAGCUUUGACAGGCAUGAGCUGGAGGCCAUGGGGAGCCCAUCCCUGGUGUAUGAGAUGCGGGAAGGCCGAGCCCCCCUGCUGCUCCAGGACAUGCGGUUGCUUAUCCAAGAGACCAAGACGUCUGAGUUCAGGAUACAGGGCAGUGAGGAGUUUGCACCAGCAUGUCCAACCGCUGCCCCCAUUGACCUCGUAUUCCUGGUGGAGGAGUUCGGCAGAGCCAGUCAGGCAAACUUCAAGCAGGUCGUCUCCUUUCUGAAGUCGGUUGUCAGAUUGCUAGGGAUCCAUCCUGAUCUUGUGAGAAUCGGCUUGGUCUUCUACGGCGAGGCUCCACGGCUCGAGUUCUCACUGGACAGGUUUCAGAAUGGACACCAAGCGUUGAUACAUCUGGACAAGUUAAGCUACCGAGGAAGAAGAGGGGAACUCAAGACCGGUGCGGCCUUGGAGUUCCUGAGGAACUGGGUUUUCACCCCGGAGAGGGGCAGCCGGUCCAGAUACGGUGUACCCCAGGUAGCGGUGCUCAUCACAGAGAGUGUCGCUCAGGACAACGUGUCCAGUGCAGCCUCUCUGCUCCGCAAAGCGGGGGCCACCAUCUACGCCGUGGGCACCCAGCUGGUCUCAGACAGCAAGGACCUGGACAAGGUGGCCUCCUACCCUCCUUGGAAGCAUGUGAUAUCCCUGGAGUCGUUCCUGCAACUCUUCGCUGUGGAGAGGAAGAUUAAGAACGAGCUAUGCCCCCCUGACCUUGGAGUGAUCAUUUCUCACUGUCCUCCCCUCCUCUCAAUGCUAAUGGCUCUGCUUGCUGCUUCUUGCCACCUAGGUUGUGAGCAGAUUCAGAAGGCAGACAUUUACUUCCUCGUGGAUGGUUCUGGAAGCAUCACACUGGAAAAUUUUCUUGAAAUGAAGGUGUUCAUGAUUGAGGUGAUAAAGACGUUUCAGGUGGGGCCCGACAAGGUCCAGUUUGGAGUGGUUCAGUAUUCCCACCUGAUGCAGACCCAGUUCCUCCUCAGCCAGCACAGCAGCGUGACGGAGCUGGAGCGGGCCAUUGACGGCAUCCACCAGCUAGGAGGAGGCACCAACACCGGCCAGGCCUUGAGGGACAUGCAGCAGGUGUUCGCGGGCACGGGCCGCACCAACACGGCGUGGUAUCUCAUAGUCAUCACGGACGGGAAGUCUGCGGAUGAAGUGGCCCAGGCCGCAGAGGCCCUGCGGGGAAGAAACAUCAUCAUCUACGCCAUCGGGGUGCGAGAGGCCAACAUGGAGGAGCUCGAGGAAAUAGGCAGAGACAAGAUUUUCUAUGUGUAUGAAUUUGAUUGCUUGAAGGCCCUUCAGCAAGACGUGGUGAAGGACCUCUGCUCCACAGAAGUCUGUAAGGAUAACAAAGCUGACAUUAUGUUCCUGAUUGAUGGCUCAGAAAGCAUUGCCCCCCCAAAUUUUGUAAAGAUAAAGGAGUUCAUGGAGAGAAUCGUGAACAUAUCUAAUAUUGGUCCUGAUAAAGUUCAGAUUGGCCUUUUGCAGUUCAGCACAGAUCCUCAGGAAGAAUUCAAGCUCAACCAGUUCUCUACAAAGGUGGACAUUCAUGACGCCAUCUUGGAUGUCCAGCAAAUGAGCCAGGACGACACUCAUACCGGGAAGGCCCUGAAUUUCACUCUACCCUUUUUUGAAAGCUCAAAAGGAGGGAGACCCAGUGUUCAUCAGUAUUUGAUUGUGAUCACUGAUGGAGUCUCGAGAGAUAAUGUAGCAAUACCAGCCAAAGCUCUCAGGGACAGAAACAUAAUGCUUUUUGCCAUUGGGAUUGGGGAAGCCAAAGACUCUCAGCUUUUGGAGAUUACUGGAGACCGGGACAGGGUGUACCACGGAGAAAACUUCGAGUCCCUCCGGGACAUGGAGAACACAAUUCUUUAUCAAGUUUGCAGCCCACAAGAAUGCAGCUUGGAGCUGUUUGUAGGACUUGAGAUCUCAACUUCCAAAAGGCAAAUUCAGCAGAUGCUUCAACAGUUGCUGCCGGACCUGAUGGCGCAGCUGGCCUGGCUUCCCAACAUCAGCUGUAGCGUCACUGAGCAGAUGGACACGGGGCUCCACUACUUGGUUCCUGGUCCGAAUGGGCUUUACUUUAAGAAUUCCAGUGACGGGAUUGCUCAGAUGUUGCUGGCUGCUGAAAACAACCGCAUGCACGUGGAGUUUCUGCAGGUCCUGGGAAAUGCUGCUUCUCUGGUGCCUGCGAAAACCAAGGUCCUUUUAGUAUUUACAGAUGGACUGGACGAUGGUUUAGAGAGGCUGAAGGAAGAGUCCAGGCGGCUCCGGGCGUCGGGCUUCUCUGGACUCCUCCUGGUCGGUCUGGAAGGCGUGCCGAAGCCAGAAGAGCUCCAGGAGCUGGAGUUUGGCAGAGGGUUUGCGUACAAGCAGCCUCUGAGCACCACACUGUGGUCCCUCCCGAGCCUCUUACAGAAGCAGCUUAACACGAUUGUAGAAAGAACGUGCUGCAACAGGAUCGGGCAAUGUUUUGGAGAAGAAGGAGACAGAGGAGACACUGGAAGCCCAGGGCUAAAGGGGCCGAAGGGUCCUGAGGGAUUGCCUGGCUAUCCCGGUGAAGAAGGGACACCUGGUGACCGAGGCCCCCGUGGUCCUCAGGGACGCCAGGGAGAGCAAGGAUGCCCAGGUCUGAGGGGACUCAAGGGAGCAAGAGGGUUUACUGGGGAGAAGGGUGACCUGGGUGAGGAAGGCGUGGAUGGCGUCAAUGGAGAACAGGGUGAACGUGGAGCCCCUGGGUCAUCUGGAGAAAAAGGGAACAGAGGAAAUCAGGGCCUGUCGGGACCCCCAGGACAACCUGGAGAACGUGGAGCAAUAGGCUUAAGGGGAGACUCUGGGAAUCCUGGAAGUGAUAGUUACAUCCAGGGCCUGAAGGGAGAACAAGGAAAGCGUGGCCGCCCGGGAAGUUCUACUUUGGACGGGCUUCAAGGGGAGUCUGGAGACAUCGGCCACAACGGUGUGCGUGGACAACCCGGCCAACAGGGUUCCCAGGGAGAGUCCGGGUAUCCAGGCCCACAGGGACCGAGAGGAGGAGACGGGACACCAGGAGUCUUUGGGGAAAGAGGCUCACCAGGUCCUCAGGGGAAUCCCGGGAACCCAGGGCCAAAAGGUGCUAAAGGAAAAGCCGGACCAAGAGGAAACAAGGGGGAGCUUGGAGAAGUGGGAGCAGAAGGCCCACGGGGACCACAAGGACCGAGGGGACAGCCUGGUCUCUUCGGUCCAGAUGGACAUGGACGUCCUGGAAGAAAGGGCGAGAAGGGAAAACUUGGAUUUCCUGGCUACCCUGGCACACAAGGAGAAGAUGGUGACCCGGGUGAACAAGGAAAGAAAGGGGCAAAGGGAAUCAGAGGGAAGAGGGGGAAUGCUGGCCUUUCUGGAUUUGCUGGAAGCCCGGGAGAACAAGGUCCACCGGGACAAAUGGGUACCAAGGGACCCAAGGGUUUGGUAGAUAUGACGCCUUGCCAGAUUACCGACCUCAUCCGAGAAAACUGCCCGUGUUCAGCAGGUGCCUCCAAGUGCCCGGUGUUCCCGACCGAAGUGGUGUUUGCCUUGGACAUGUCGAAUGAUGUCACCCCGGCGGACUUUGAAAGGAUGAGGCGCGUCCUGUUGUCGCUGCUGCUGAAGAUGGAAAUAAGUGAGAGCAACUGUCCCACGGGCGCCCGAGUGGCCAUCGUUUCGUACAACAGCCAAACAGACUACCUGGUGCGCUUCUCAGACCACAGGGGGCGGCCAGGCCUGCUGCAGGCCGUCAGGGGGCUUGCCCUGAAGCAGGCCUCUGGCCAGCGGAAUCUCGGGGCCACCAUGAGGUUUGUGGGGAGACACGUGUUCAAGCGUGUGCGCUCGGGCCUUCUCCUGAGGAAGGUGGCCGUGUUCUUUGAGGCUGGCCCGACCUCCAGCCCAUCGUCCCUGACCCCAGCCCUGUUGGAACUGAGCUCAUUGGGCAUCCUGCCUGUGGUCAUCGCCUUCACGAAGGACCACAGCCUCCCGGAGGCCCUCAGGAUGAAUUUGACCAACCGAUUGCACCUGUUUGUCUGGGAGACAGAGCGACAGCAGGACCUGGAGCACUUGGCCCACUGUACUCUGUGCUAUGACCCGUGCCAGCCCCACCCCAGCUGCCUGCUGGUCACCCCGGGGCCGCCGGCGGUGGACAUGGACGUGGCCUUCCUGGUGGACGGCUCCCAGAACGUGGGUUCCCGCGAGUACCGUGCCGCCUUGAGCCUUGUGGCUGCCACGCUGGAUGACCUGGAGGUGGCCAAGCAGCCAGCCGUCUCCCUCCAUGGGACACGGGUGGCCCUGGUGACACAUACGGUCUCUGGCUUUGAGCCCGGCAGAGAGGAGCCUCCAGUGACGGAGCACUUCAACUUGACCUCCUAUGGCCACCGUGCUGGCAUGCGGCGGGAGGUCCAUGCGGCCAUGGCCAGUGCCCCUCGUGGACUCCCAGCUCUGGGUUAUGCCCUGCAGUGGACGCUGGAGAUGGUGCUCCUGGGGGUCCCCCUGUCACGGCCUGCACGUGUCCUUGUCAUCAUUGUGGCCAGCGAGACCAGCAGCUGGGACCGGGCGCAGCUGAGGAUGGCAUCGCUGGAGGCCAAGUGCCAGGGCGUGGCGCUGCUGGUGGUGGCCCUUGGCCCUGAUAUGGGUCCCCGGGAACUGGCCGAGCUGGCCACAGUGGCCAGUGCCCCUUCAAAGCAUCACUUGGUGCGCCUGGAGGGCAGCUCAGACCUCGACUUGGCUUAUGCACGGCAGUUCCUGCAGGCCUUCUUCAGCCUGUUGAAGAGUGGAACAAUCCAGUACCCACCGCCAGAACUCUCCAGUGAAUGUGGAGGCCCGAGCCGUGGGGACACUUUGCUGCGAGAUGCCACACUGGCUGAGAGGUAGGCCCGAGGCAGGGGUCUCUGCUUGCUGGGUGCAGAGGAAGGUCACUGCCAAAAUUAUGUGCUGAAGUGGUACUACAACAGGGAGAAGCAGGCUUGCCAGCAGUUCUGGUACGGCAGCUGUGGGGGGAAUGCCAACCGGUUCAACUCCAAGGACGAAUGUGAGGCCGUGUGCGUUCAAACCCCGGAGGGGGGUUAG